UUCCUCUUCGAUCCUUCAGAUUCUUAUAGUAAUCUGCUUGGAAGUCGAUUUGGAUAAAAAUUUACUGCCGCCAUGGCGCCUAAACGCAAAAGAAAGGGGCAAACUCUUGACCCCCCUUCUGAUGAAAUUAAUUUGAAUAAUCAAUUUGAUUUGCUCACGGAUGAUGAGAAUGAUCCAUCAUCCAAGAAAAAUUCUAGUAAACUUUCCCGGCUUAAUGCCAAGAAGGAAAAGAUUCCCCCUAUUGUGAUAACCACUACCGAUUUCCAUGCUCUUCGCAUGGAACUUUUGAAUUUCGUGAAAGUUAAGUUUUCACUACAAAUUGGACGUCGGGGUGAAUGCCGUGUAUUGGCUGAAACCUUGGACGGAUUUAAAUGUCUUCUCAAGUAUCUUACUGAGAAGAAGCACAAUUUUUUUACUUACGACACCAAAACUGAACGUGUGUUCAAGGUUGUCAUGAAAGGACUGCCCAGUGGUGAAUCCCUGGAUCAGAUCAAAGAUGAACUGGCAAAAUUACUUGGAGUUGUGCCACUCCAAGUAAUCAAAAUGAAAAUGAAAUCCCGUCCUGGCGAUUCGCGCAACGGGAUUUCUAAUGAUUUUUAUUUAGUUCACUUCAAGUCUAGUGAACUAAACAACCUUAAGGCCUUAGAAAAAGCUAGCCUUAUGCUCCAUGUCCGAGUGAAGUGGGAACACUUCAGGAAGACUGGAGGAAAUUUCCAAAACCUCACCCAGUGCCGUAAGUGCCAGGGAUGGGGUCACGGAACUAAAAAUUGCUACAUGCCAGCUAAAUGCAUGAAUUGUGGUGAUUCCUCUCACGCAAAGGACGACUGUCCUGUGAAGGAAGAUCCUAAGAAAUUUAAAUGUUCAAAUUGUGGUGAAAACCACAAAUCCAAUUUUUGGGAAUGUAAGACUCGCAAAGCGAUCCUACAAUCUCGUUCUAACCGUCAGGUAGGAAACGCUCCACGUUUCCGACCAGGUACAAAUUCCUCUGCUGUUAACAACGGUCAGCGAGGAACAAAUUCUACAUUCGUACCCGUAGGUACAAAUAUCUCCCCUGCUUCAAAUGUUUCAUCUGUACCUAGUCCCCUCGCUGCUAACAAUGUUCAGCGAGUUAAUGGAGCUACCUAUGCUGCUAUUGCAGCGGGUAGAAAUCAAAAUACUAACCAACGUUCUAACGGAAAUUUUGACAAUUUUGACUUAGGAAGCAUUACUGCCCCCAAAAUGGAAUUUUUACAGAAUUCAUUAAUUGACAUGAUUUCUGAUAUGCUUAAAUCUAACUCCAUGUUUGAUGCUAUUCAAACUGGAGUAAAAUUUGCAAAUAAUAUUGUCAUGACUUUAAAAUUCAGUAAUGGAUUUUAAAGCAUUAAAUAUUGUAAAUUGGAAUGCUCGAUCUCUUAAAGAUAAUGAAGACGAGCUAUUUAAUUUUUUGAGAGUUCAUAACGUGCAUAUUGCCGUUAUAACUGAAACGUUCCUUAAACCUGACCAUAAGGUUAAGAAGGACGCAAAUUACUUGAUUUAUAGAAAUGAUCGUCUUGAUGGACCCUGUGGUGGCGUUGCCAUCAUUAUUCAUAGACGAAUCAAACAUAAAAUUCUUUCUUCAUUUGAAACCAAAGUUUUUGAAACUUUGGGAGUUUCUGUUGAAACAAAAUUUGGACAACUUACGUUUAUAGCUGCCUAUUUGCCAUUCCAAUGCGUAGGCCAGCAAAAGAAUUUUCUCAAGAGUGACCUCCAGAAACUUACCCGUCAUAGGUCUAAAUUCUUCAUUAUUGGUGAUUUUAAUGCAAAACACCGCUCAUGGAAUAAUGCUCAAAGCAAUUCCAAUGGUAAUAUUCUGUUUGAUGAUUGUUCUGCAGGUUAUUACACUAUUCAAUAUCCAAACAGCCCAACAUGCUUUUCUUCUGCAAGAAAUCCCUCCACUAUUGAUUUGGUCUUAACUGAUUCAUGUCAACUUUGUAACCAAUUGGUUACCCAUGCUGACUUCGGUUCUGAUCACCUUCCAGUAACUUUUGAAAUAUCCCAAGAAAUAAUU